AUGUUUGGAAUACGUUCAGGCAAUAAUAACGGUGGAUUUACUAACCUCACGUCGCAAGCACCACAGACAACCCAGAUGUUUCAAUCGCAAUCACAGUUGCAGCCACAACCGCAACCGCAACCACAACAACAGCAGCAACACUUGCAAUUCAAUGGAUCAUCCGAUGCAAGUUCUUUACGAUUUGGAAACUCACUUUCCAAUACUGUAAACGCCAAUAACUAUAGUAGUAAUAUCGGUAACAAUAGCAUCAACAACAACAACAUUAAAAACGGCACAAAUAACAUAAGCCAACAUGGCCAAGGGAAUAAUCCUAGCUGGGUGAAUAAUCCUAAAAAGAGAUUCACUCCUCAUACGGUGAUAAGAAGGAAGACAACAAAGCAAAAUUCUUCUUCUGACAUCAACCAGAAUGAUGAUUCAUCUUCUAUGAACGCUACUAUGAGAAAUUUCAGUAAGCAAAAUCAAGAUUCCAAGCAUAAUGAAAGAAAUAAGUCUGCGGCAAAUAAUGACAUCAAUUCUCUGUUGUCAAAUUUUAACGAUAUUCCACCCUCCGUUACUUUACAGGAUUGGCAACGCGAGGAUGAAUUCGGUUCUAUUCCAUCAUUAACAACUCAGUUUGUUACCGACAAAUACACGGCGAAGAAAACAAAUAGGUCAGCUUAUGAUUCCAAAAAUACUCCAAAUGUUUUUGAUAAAGACUCUUAUGUUAGAAUAGCAAACAUUGAACAGAACCAUUUAGAUAAUAAUUACAACACCGCCGAAACAAACAAUAAAGUCCAUGAAACAUCUUCCAAGUCUUCUAGUUUGAGCGCAAUUAUCGUAUUUGGCUAUCCUGAAUCAAUUUCCAAUGAAUUGAUUGAACACUUCUCCCAUUUCGGUCAUAUUAUGGAAGACUUUCAAGUAUUGCGAUUGGGUCGCGGGAUUAACCCCAACACCUUCAGAAUAUUCCAUAAUCAUGAUACAGGCUGUGAUGAAAACGAUUCUACUGUUAAUAAAUCUAUUACUUUAAAAGGCAGAAAUAAUGAGUCGAAUAACAAAAAAUAUCCAAUAUUUACUGGUGAAAGUUGGGUCAAACUCACUUAUAAUUCUCCAUCUUCUGCUUUGAGAGCACUGCAGGAAAAUGGAACCAUAUUUCGCGGUUCUUUGAUUGGUUGCAUCCCAUAUUCAAAAAAUGCGGUGGAGCAAUUAGCUGGCUGCAAAAUUGAUAAUGUCGACGACAUUGGAGAAUUCAACGUUUCUAUGUAUCAAAAUUCCUCCACAUCGUCGACAUCUAAUACACCAUCCCCACCAAACGUAAUAAUAACUGAUGGCACUCUUCUGAGGGAAGACGAUAAUACUCCUGCCGGUCAUGCUGGUAAUCCAACAAAUAUUUCAAGUCCAAUAGUAGCAAAUUCUCCGAAUAAGCGGCUGGAUGUAAUAGAUGGCAAAUUGCCAUUCAUGCAAAAUGCAGGACCGAAUUCGAAUAUUCCUAAUCUGUUGCGAAACCUAGAAUCGAAAAUGCGUCAGCAAGAAGCGAAAUACAGAAAUAAUGAACCUGCUGGUUUUACGCACAAACUGAGUAAUUGGUUAUUUGGUUGGAAUGACCUAUAA